AUGGAUCAAUCAAUUUUUGAAGAAGUAUCGUACGACACUACAUAUAAUGUGAGUGAUCAUCCUAAUUCCAUCGAUGUUAAUGUCCUGUCCUUGAGUGAAGAUGACACACAACGUGUGAACACGGGGAAAGAAUCUGUAGAUUUCAUUCAAUUAAAGGAUGAUGCUACGGCAGUGAAUCAUGAAUUGCCCGAUCACACUAGAAUUCCAAUAGAAGAAAUCCCGCACGUAGGAUUAAGAUUUGUUUCGUUGCAGCGGGCACAAGAGUUCUAUUCUAAUUAUGCAAGAAAAGUAGGGUUCGUAACUAGGAGUAGGAAUAACAACUUUGACAAGAUCAACAAGAAAUCAAGGAUACCCAUUAACCAAUCGAUACACUGCAGUCAUGAAGAUAUCAACCCAAAUUUCGUUUAUGCAGUUGAUGUGGAUGAAGCUAACAAGUUUAAGAGUGCGCUCUGGGUAGAUGCAAGGUGCAGGACGUCAUGUGAAUAUUAUGGAGACAUGGUCUCGUUUGAUACAACAUACAGUAGAAACAAGCACGGACUUUUGUUCGCAUCUUUCAUUGGCGUCAACCAUCACAGCAAGUCCACUCUACUCGGAUGUGCUUUGUUGGGAAAUGAGAAACUUCGUAGUAUUGAGUGGAUCUUUAAGCAAUGGUUGCAAUGCAUGGGAACUCCCCCAAAGGCCAUCAUCGUGGACCAGUGCAAAUUCAUGCUUGGUGCUAUUAGGAAUGUCCUUCCAAAUACUCACCACCAAUGGUGCAUAUGGCACCUAAUGAAAAAGAUACCGCAUAAUCUUGGAGGAUAUGCUCGGUACAGGAAAAUAGAUGCUAGAAUGCAUGGCAAUGUUUGGAAUGCCCGGUCUGUGGAAUCCUUUGAGAAGGAUCGGUACCUUUAUGAUGAUUGUCGAAUGUUGAUUCCAAUAUAUUUUCAAGGUGAAUUUUGGGCUGGUAUGAGAAGUACCCAACAGAGUGAGAGUAUGCACGCUUUUUUCGGUGGUUACUUGCAUUGCAAGAGUGGACUGGUUCAGUUCGUACAUGAGUAUGAUAAUAUGCUUGGGAACAAGGAGUUGGAGGACAAUGUUGCAGACUCUAAAGGAGUUGUUCCCUGUUCAUCGAGCUCUACAAUUGAAAUACAAUUUCAGUGUGAGUACACAACCUCUAAGUUUAGGAAAGUACAACAGGAAUUUAGGAAAAAAGGGGAUUGUUUAGUCUGUGGUGCGACUCAAGAUGGUGAUUUAUUUUGUGUGACUGUGAAUGAGCAAUACCUACCAUAUGGUGAUCCUAGGACCUGGACGUACAACGUCGAGUUGAACCUAGUGACACACGAGAUUCGGUGCGAGUGCCACAUGUUUGAAUCAAGAGGUAUUCUUUGUUGUCACUGUUUUGCAGUUUUCUUUUAUUACGGAGUAUACAGAGUACCAUCUUGCUAUGUGCUCCCUCGAUGGAGCAACAAUGUACAACGCAAACACACUUUCAUCAAGAGUAGCCACGACGAGAAGCGAUCCGAUGAAAGCCACAACUUAUUUAGAGGACUUUGUUCCCACUUCUUUAAUGUUGCCCAAGAUUUUGUGACAUGUGAAGAAGAAGCGGCCAUGUUACAUUCGGGUCUUGAUGAGUUAAGGGCCAAGCUGUUUGAUUAUCAUGUGAACGUAGGGUCUAGAAGUGUUCCAACAACACACAACAGCAAGGUGACACAGCGUGACCCUGCUCUUGUUUCAUCUCAUGUUCGAGGUCCUUCAAAGGUCACAACAAAGGGUCGGCCGAGAUUGAAGAGGCUUGGAUCUGAACUGGACACUUGCAUCAAGAAAUCCAUGCGAAGAAAGAAGAAGAAUCCACCUCCGAAAGUAGAAGACGAAGCAGAAGGUGCAGAAGCAGAAGCAAUCAAGCAGAAGCAGAAAAUAGAUGACGAAGCAGAAGAUGCAGAGGCAGACGAUGCAGAAGCAGAAGCACUCAAGCAGAAGCAGAAAGUAGAAGACGAAGCAGAAGAUGCAGAAGCAGACGAUGCAGAAGCAGAAGCACUCAAGCAGAAAUAG